AAAAAUUUGAUUUUGACCUUUCACUACCGGGCAGAUAAAAAGAAGCCGAUUCCCCUCUCCUCCCCGCUCUAUCCACCACAGAUCUCUGCUGCUCUUCUUUCUUCCCAUAAAACAGACAAUGGGAGGUAGCAGCGACCCAAAUCAAGACGGGUCGGACGAGCAACAGAAACGAUCAGAGAUCUACACAUAUGAGGCACCAUGGCACAUCUACGCCAUGAACUGGAGCGUCCGUCGUGACAAGAAGUACCGUCUCGCCAUCGCCAGCCUCCUAGAACAGUACCCAAACCGGGUCGAGAUUGUACAGCUGGACGAAUCCAAUGGAGAGAUCCGAUCCGACCCGAAUCUGUCCUUCGAGCACCCUUAUCCACCUACCAAAACCAUAUUCAUCCCGGACAAGGAGUGCCAAAAGCCUGACCUCCUCGCGACCUCCAGCGACUUCCUGCGCGUGUGGCGCAUAAACGAUGAGCAGCCGCGCGUGGAGCUCAAAAGCCUGUUAAAUGGCAACAAGAACAGCGAAUUUUGCGGGCCUUUGACUUCCUUUGACUGGAACGAAGCAGAGCCAAGGCGAAUUGGGACAUCCAGCAUUGACACGACUUGCACCAUCUGGGAUAUCGAGAGGGAGACUGUUGAUACACAGUUAAUCGCCCACGACAAGGAGGUAUACGACAUCGCAUGGGGCGGUGUUGGGGUUUUCGCUUCUGUUUCAGCCGACGGGUCGGUUAGGGUUUUCGAUUUACGGGAUAAGGAGCAUUCAACGAUAAUCUACGAGAGUUCGGAGCCCGACACGCCUUUGGUUAGGCUGGGGUGGAACAAGCAGGAUCCGAGGUACAUGGCCACGAUAAUCAUGGACAGUGCUAAGGUUGUGGUGUUGGAUAUUCGCUUCCCAACUCUUCCAGUGGUGGAAUUGCAGAGGCAUCAUGCUAGUGUUAAUGCCGUUGCUUGGGCCCCGCAUAGUUCAUGCCAUAUUUGUACUGCUGGGGAUGAUUCACAGGCGUUAAUUUGGGACCUCUCUUCCAUGGGUCAGCCUGUUGAGGGUGGAUUGGACCCCAUUCUUGCUUAUACUGCUGGUGCUGAAAUCGAGCAGUUGCAGUGGUCGUCUUCUCAGCCUGAUUGGGUUGCCAUUGCUUUCUCUACCAAGCUGCAGAUUCUCAGGGUUUGAUUGAAUUUGCUAGGUUACAUCUUCAAUGGUUUUCGGUUGCUGUUGUGGUCACUGGUUAGAACUUCUCAGGUGUCUUAUACGGAGGCAGGAGGAAAACUUCAAGACGUGUAUGUUGUUGGAAAUGUUCCUUAGAGUCCUGCAAUUAAUAAUCUAGGGUUAAGUUUAUCUGGACCUGAUUGUGAAUUGUUUCUUCCUUCAGUUGACAGUAUAAAACUUUGUUACCAUCAACAUUAUAAUCUGUGCCGCUUCUGCUAUUGCUCUUGGCACUUGUGGAGUUGUGGGUAAUCUUACUCUA